AUGCCACUUCAAGAGAAGACUAUUCCUCCUCCACUCUGGUCCUCUUUCCCAUCAAAGAGACUUGCCGUCCAUCCUCAACCAUCUCAAGAAACACUACCACCCUAUAACAAACCCACAAAAAGCAGAAUGACUCACGGCCUCUCUUUCUUCAAGGGCAAGGGCAAAAGGGAUUCUCAAAAUCCCACACAGUCCUCCAACCCAUUUCGCAACAUGACCCCAUCACAUACCGUCCCAUCAUCUACUAGCAGCGGGACAACCUGGGACCCACCAGCCUACGACGACGUGCAAUACCAGGCACCCGCCCCCGAAGCCUCAGACUCAGACUUCGCAUUCCUCGCUGAGUUCGAUACAAUCUUCCUCGUAGACGACAGCUCCAGCAUGCGAGGACCCAGAUGGCAAGAAGCCGAACAAGCCAUCUCAGCCAUCACCCCAAUCUGCACCCAAUAUGACUCAGACGGCAUAGAUAUCUACUUCCUCAACCACCUCUCCAGUCCAUCCACUACAGGAGCUAAUGCUCUAGGAGGCUACAAGAACAUCACGACAGCAUCACAUGUACAGGAAAUAUUCAGCAGCGUCCUACCUCGUGGUGCAACACCGGUCGGCAAACGACUUCAAACCAUCCUACAGCCCUAUGUCCAUUGCGUACAGGAGAUGGAAGCAUCCCGAGAACAGCAUGGUGGUCUCCUUGAUCCAAGCCUACUUGUCAAGCCUGUCAAUAUUAUUGUGAUUACCGAUGGAGAGUUCACGGAUGAUGCGGAGAGUGUCAUCGAGCAGGUUGCGAGAAAACUGGAUACCCCGAAUCCGGCUGUGCCGUGGCAGGUUGGUAUUCAGUUCUUUCAGAUUGGGAAUGAUCGGGCUGCUCGAAGAUAUUUGGAGGAGUUGGAUGAUAAUUUGGGUCGAUCGUGCGUGGAUGAGAAGUUGAGGGAUAUUGUUGAUACUGUGCCUUGGAGAGGGGAGACGGGGAGAACUCUUGAUGCGCAGGGGAUUUUGAAGUGUGUGCUGGGUGCUGUGAAUAAGAAGCUGGAUCGAAGACAGGUGUGA